AUGCUGGGCAAAAGGAAGCGGGAUGUCGUUGUCGUGACGAGACAAAUACGUCAAGAGGACAGCGACAUCCAAAGCCUAUCUCUAUCGGCUGACGAAAAGCAAGAUAUUCUUCGCAAAGUCUUCGAGUCUCGAUUUGGACCAGUGGAAGCCCUUGUGAAGCCGAUAGCUAUGAGUCCUGAGGAGCCAUCACAUCCCUCGUUGGCAGAAGGCAACGACGACGAGUGGGAGGGUCUUUCAGAUAAGGCCGACACUGCUGCUAGUGAGCAGCACCCAUCUACGGAAGUCGUGGAGCACACGACCUCAUGGAACCCAGCGAAGGAUAUAUUGGAUAAGCCGGCCCGGAAAUCUUUUAUGCCACCACCGUCCUCUAUAGAAGCGCAGAUCUCAACACCAAAUACGAAAAGAACAGGAGAAGCGGGCGCCGCUGCCGAUGAUCAAGCCAUAUAG